UGAUAGGAAGUUGUUAUAUCCUUUGAGAACUCAAAGGAACGCAUUGAGAGACCACCAAUGGGAAGAAAAUCAGUGGUUGUUGAUAUUUUUAUAGUUUCAUGUGGAUUACUGUGUUGUUCUGAGCCAUUGAGUCAAGGGGAACCAUCUUUAGACCAAGGCUUUAGUCAAAAUGCCGUCUUCAGACAUCCAAUGCCAGCGCAAGGGCGUGCACAGACCGGUCAGAGCGCGGUAGCAUCCAAAAUGUUUCAAAACCUCAUUGAAUUCAGGAGACCUGCCUCAGCAAUGGUGGGACCUCCAUCACAAGAGUCUGUCCAGAUACCAGUGCAAGUACAAUCCCAGUGAACCAACUACGUAUCUAUGCCCCUUCAACCUAGCAAGCCUUUGCAAAGCCAAGGACAUUUUGGAUUAAUAAAACCCCAACAAAUGGUUGAGACUUUCUCACAAACCCAUCAGGGAUUCCAGAAUCCCUUUCCUGGUCCUGACCUCUAUCCUGAUGUGAAGGAUAAGGUGGUUUUGGAGCCAGAGUUUGAACCCAAGGUGCCAGUGCCGGCAAACACUGUGGAUGUUCAGUGUGGAGAGGUCUCCGUCAAAGUGCAGGUGAAGCAAUAUUUCUUGGGGAACAAUCAGUUCAUCAACCCCUCUGAUAUGAUGCUGGGUGGUUGUCCAUCUGUUGGAUUUAAUGACCAGGACAGGAUUGUUGCCUUUGAAUCAGAGCUACAAGGAUGUGGGAGCACAUUAAUGAUGACUGAGGAUUCACUUGUUUAUUCAUUUGUUUUGGUGUAUUCACCUUCACCUGUUCUUAACACGCCUAUUGUGAAGACUAAUGAAGCUAUGGUUGAAAUUCAUUGCAUCUACCCGAGGAAACACAAUGCGAGUAGUAAUGCAUUGAAUCCCACCUGGUUUCCCUAUGCUGCAGUGAGAGCUGGCGAAGAACAUCUGCACUUCUCCCUCAAACUCAUGACUGAUGACUGGAGGUAUGAGCGAUCAUCUAAUGCCUACUUUCUGGGAGAUUUCAUAAACCUGGAAGCCUCAGUGGUCCGUGCUAAUCACGUUCCUCUGCGGAUGUUUGUGGAAAGCUGUGCAGCUACUUUGGGCCCCAGUGGGGAAGCUGCCACCAUCUACACGUUCAUCGAGAACAGCGGAUGCAUGAUGGAUGCCAAGCUGACAGAGUCCAGGUCCAGUUUCAUGUCCAGGAUACAGGAUGACAAGUUACAAUUUCAGAUAGAAGCAUUCAGAUUUGAGCAAGAUUCCAGCGGAAUGAUCUACAUCACUUGUCAUUUGAAGGCUACUACCACAUCCAGUCCCAUUGAUACAAUGAACAAGGCCUGCUCAUUUGUUAAAGAAACAAACAGCUGGACUGCUGUGAAUGGAGACAAUCAGGUGUGUGGCUGUUGUGAGACCAGCUGCGCCAUGAGGAAGGGCAGAAGUCUGGAUACUGACGAUUCCACGUUGGAAGAUGAGGCUACUAUUGGACCGAUUUUUAUCCAUGAAUGGCUACCAAUGGAAGAUGAGCAUUUACUGCAAAUUCAAGAGUCUUCUCGGGUGUCAUCACAACAUGCAGGCGGAGGGUGGACCAACUCCAGGGAAAAUUACUGA